CGAUCAGUGGAGAAGGUCGGAAGGAGCGAAAAAUGGCCCCUUGCGGGCUCUGCAGUCCUUUGAGCUUGGUUCCCUGGGCUGCAGCCCUGCUCUUCGUUCUGAGCGUGGGAAGGGCUUUGGCGCUACCCGAGAUAUGCACCCAGUGUCCAGGGAGUGUGCAAAAUUUGUCAGAAGUGGCUCUUUAUUGUAAAAGGACACCAGAGCUAACGCUGCGAGCCCGCUGCUGCCUGAAUGGGGAAGGCACCAUCCUGGGGCUGGAUCUCCAGAACUGCUCUCUGAAGGACCCUGUUCCAAACUUUCCUCAAGCACAUACUGCUAUCAUCAUAGACCUUCAGGCAAACCCCCUCCAGGGUGACUUGGUCAACACCUUCCAUGGCUUUACUCAGCUCCAGACUCUGAUACUGCCACAAGAUGUCAACUGUCCUGGAGGUAUUAAUGCCUGGGAUACUAUCACUUUUUAUAUAAACAACCAAAGCUGCGAAGGACAAAGGAAUAUUUGCAACACCACUGAGGACCCAGAAAUAUGUCCUGAGAAUGGAUCUUGUGUACCUGAUGGUCCAGGUCUCUUGCAGUGUGUCUGUGCUGAUGGCUUCCAUGGCUACAAGUGUAUGCGCCAGGGCUCCUUCCCAUUGUUCAUGUUCUUUGGUAUUCUGGGAUCCACCACCUUAUCCAUCUCCAUCCUCCUUUGGGGGACUCAACGCCGAAAAGCCAAGGCUUCAUGAACCACAAAGGUCUUCCUACUUACCUAAAGAUCAUCCCCAUCUUAGCCCAGUCAGGGAGAUUUGCUUCCUAGACAUCAAUCAUCAGCGGAUCCUCCCAAGGCAGAGGCCUCCGAUAGAAGGAAGAUGGAAAUUUGCACAACCCUAGUGUGUUGUAGACAUCCAGUCCGGGAGUGGACUAGUACCAGUUCACAUUUGUGCUGUUGACCAUAAUAAACAGUUUUUCUUUUUUU